AUGGUCUACAUCAACUUCAACGCAUUCUUCGCCCUGUCCGCGUUGGCUUCCCUCGUUUCUGCUGCGCCUGUGCACAUGCAGAAGCGCAUCGCCCAAUCUAUCGCUGAAUCGACUGCUCAGUGGGAGCAGGCUUGUCUGAAAGCCGGGGGCGCCGGCAAAUGCAACCCCAUCUCCCAAACAGCCUUCACCUCGCUCUUGGCAGCAGGCGGCAACUGCGACCAGCAGAACGCCGCCGACUCGAUGGUCGAUCUCGCCAAAUCGCUGAACAACGACCCCGAGAUGAUCAGGCUCGCGCAGCUGUUCGUCCAGCAGCCAAGGAACGCGCCCGACUCGCUGCAAGUGCCCUACUGCCAGCAGGCUCCCAAGAACGCGGAGCUUACGGGGCUCUUCCACUGCCAGUUCGCUGGCUCUGACUUCACCAAAUUCAGCGGCAACCAGACCGGGAAUCUCCCGCUCGGCUUGUCUGCUGUGAACCCCCCUGGCUCGUGCCCUGCGAAGGAGGACGGCCCGGUCCCGGAUGGUAUCCAGCUCAACACGUUGGUCAAAGACCCUGGUGUUGGCGCAGCUAACGCCGGUGCCGGUGCGAAGGCAGGCGGUGCUGCUGAUGAUGUCGCUAACGCACCCGAUGUGCGUCUCGCUGGGCAAGGUCAAGGCACUGCACCCCCUCCACCACCAGCCGCUGCUCCACCAGCCGCUGCGGCCCCGGCUGCCAACGCCAAAUCAUUCACCCUAGCAAACGGCCAGGACGCCAUUGCCCUCAACGCAAAAUUCGCUGGCCUCACCGCCACGUCUCCCUGUAACGACGGCGAGCAAGCUUGCGUCAACGGGCAAUUCGGACAGUGUGUCGGUGGCAAGUUUGCGCUGACUGGGUGUGCUGGAGGGACUCAGUGCUUCGCGCUGCCACUCGUGAACUCAAGGGGAACUUCGAUUACGUGCUCCACCGCGGCAGACGCUCAAGCUCGUAUUGCUGCCACCGGCGCUGCAUAA